CGUUGUUACGAUCAAACAUUGGGGGACGCAGCCAUGCGGGUUCAGUUUUCAUAGAUUGGAAAUAAUUGGCCAUUCAAAAAGGUGCACCUGAAUUGUGAAUUAGUGCAAAAACUGCAUUUUUCAUUAAUUUUUGGAAAAUUCUUGAAAAAGUAAUCAACCAUCUGAAAUCUUUAUAAAUGUCAAAGAUUCAAAUUUCUCUGGAUAAGUCAUGAUUCCAAGAGGGUGCGAUUGCCACAGUUCUGAAUUUACUUACGAAUCCUUAAUUGGUGCACAACAACAAUCUCAAUUAUCACAUAGUUUACUGUGAAUUUUGACUUAAUUGUUUUGAUAACCCAAACCAAAGUUAUCAUAAUGGCCUGUAGUGUUCAAUAUUUUAAGCAGUUAGUGGUAGGAUCAGUGAUCAUAUUGGUCGUCGUGUUACACUCCGCUAUUCAGAUUAAUCUCUCUUUUUACGGGGAUGGGAAGAACAAUCCCUUAUCCUCUUAUCCAGCCUCAUCCCCUCCGCUUGAAUAUUCAGAGAGCAGAAUUCGCCUAAAAAAGAGAUCUCUUUCACAACCUGACGAAGAAUCUCCUCCGCCGUCGAAUCUCUUAACGGCCACACUCUUAAAGCCAGUAAUGACCUCGACCCCUUUCCCCACGUUGACGACGGAGCGUUCCUACAAAUCAGUCCUGCCCCCGCAAACGUCCUCCAUCACGAUCCCUUCGGCUUUCUCUUCAACUCUGAAAGAAUCGGGAAAAACUUCAAAACACGUGACCGAUUGGAGUGACGUUCCCGAACAUUUAUUCGUGAAGCGAUAUUACACUGGAAACUUUUCCCAUGUGAACGAAGACUUGUGCGAGAGGAGGAAGAAGAAUCUCACACUUUUGAUAUUAGUGACGUCAGCCAUAGAUAAUUUCCAACAUAGGAGCAAUGUCAGGUUGACGUGGGGUCAUUACGGUCAACGGGACGAUGUCCAGUUUGCCUUUGUCGUAGGAGACGCAUUACUUUCUCAGUUUAACGAAAGUAUGCGACACGCCUUGGCAGAAGAGAUUGAUUUAUAUCAAGACUUCAUAAUCGGCAGCUUUGCCGACACUUAUCGAAGACUUACCCUGAAAACUUUGCACAUGUUGGACUGGGCCUCCACGUACUGUAUGAAGGCUCGAUACUUUUUAAAAACCGAUGAUGAUAUGUUUCUUAAUAUUCCAAAGAUUUUGGAUUUCAUCGAGACAAUCAAGGAUGACGAUGAACAACAGCCUAAAAUUUACGGCCACGUGUUCAGUGGUCACCUCCCCAAACGAAAUGAGAGUCAUAAACAUCACUUGAAGUAUGACAUUUACCCGAGAGAUAUUCCAUAUCCUGAUUUUACUUCCGGUCCUGCAUACCUCAUGAGCAUGGGGAUUGUGAGGCCGCUCUUUCACGAAGCUCUAAAGUUGCCCUUCAUCCCACUCGAAGACGUUCUCAUUAACGGUUUCGCCGCCAUGAACCUCAACAUCCCGAGGGUGGACGUGCCAGGUUUUAUCAACGAGAUAAAAAAUCCCGUCGAAUUGUCGGCAUGCGAAUUGUACUCGUCCGUGAUGGCCGGAAUGACGGAUGGGUCCGCGGUGCAGAUGAGUUUCGUGUGGUACAAUUACCUCAUGGGGAGGACGAUUUGUAUAUGGAGGAGGACAAAAGAAGACUAAAAUUCCGUCUCAUCUUCCUCAUUUUCUACUAUUUUUGAUGUAAAUCUGUUGUAAUUUUGUAUAUAUUUUACGAUAAAAAUCAAAAUUUUACAAUUUAUUCUGAAUUUUUUUUCCUACAUAAAUAUAACCUUCAUUUCUUAA